GACAAGAAAGUGCAAUAACAAGAUAUAUAUCUGUAUCCGUCAAUUUAGUCGUCACGCGUAUUAGAAGCGGAUGUACGAUUACAGUCGCGCCGUGAAUGGGAGUCGUUACGACAAACGAGUUACAAUGCAUUUGUUCGUUGCCCGAACUGUACCUUGUCCUACAAAUUGUGAUUUACAUUCAUUAUUGAGACUUAGUCUCGUGCCACGGGCCAGUGAAAAUGCACACGGCAUUUUAGUUGUUUUUCUUCUCACUGUUUGAUAAACAUGGCGGCAAUGAAACCGCGUGCAAAAUAACACGCGAGUGUUCGAUUUUUAAACUCAUGUUUUUUUAAUUGUUAGUGGCCUGUGGGUUUAGUGCGAGUGUAGUGCUGUGCAAAUAAAAAAAAGAAUUUAUAUAAAAUAAUAUAAAAAAAAGAGUGAAGUGAUCAUGAGCAAUAUUUUAAUAAUAAAAAAUAAAUAAAAUAAUAUAUUAGUGCAGUGCCAUGGCUUCCGAAGAGAAAUCGAUAAAAACUCAUUUGGACGAUGUGCUGGGAAAGUUUACGAUGUUUGGACCCUACCAUGGGCAGUUGAUGUUGUUUAUAGGCCUGGCCUAUGCCUCUAACUCAGCUUAUAGUUCUAAUUAUGUGUUCGCGGUAGAAGAAGUCGCAUAUAGGUGUAGAGAUGAAACUUUCGCAGACAAUAUGUGUGGUACUAUCAAUGGGACGUCGUGUACCGAAUGGGUGUAUGAUAAACCAGAGAGUUUUGUGGCUGACUUUCAGCUCGCCUGCCAGGAUUUGAAGAGGACCCUAGUGGGAACGGUCCACAGCUUAGCUUAUAUGGUUGGGCUACUUUUUGUUGGUCCUUUAUCAGACAGAAUAGGAAGAAAAGCCUUGAUAAUAGCGACAGGCGUGUUGGGCGGAGUCCUGGGUAUCGCCAGGAGUUUUGUCACCUCCUAUUGGCUGUAUAUAGUCUUGGAGUUUCUGGAGUCAGCCUUUGGAGACAUUUGUUCACCAGCUUACAUACUGAAUAUAGAGAUUAUAGCAACUACCAAACGUGUCCCCUACUACAUGUUAUGCUCCAUCGGGUACAGCGUCGGAGGUAUAUUAAAAGCCCUCGUAGCUUGGAUGGUUCCUGACUGGAGAAACUUCCUACGAGUCCUAUACGCUCCAGCAUUACUCUUUUUCUCAUACAUAUACUUGUUAGAUGAAAGUCCAAGAUGGCUCCUAAUAAAGGGCAAGAAGAAUGAAGCAGUAGCUAUUGUGGAGAAAAUGGCAAAAAAGAAUGAUAUUACAUUAGACCAGAAGAUGCUAGAUAAUCUAGUAAGCGAUACUAAACAAGAAGAGAAUGUAGAAUUUGGAACUGUGUUAAAGAGUACGUUUACUUCUGGUGCCUUGUUUAAGAGGUUCAUAGUCUGUGUUAUAUGGUGGACGACAUCUACGUUUGUGAACUAUGGGAUGACCAUAACAUCUGUGUCUUUGCAAGGGAACAUAUACUUGAACUUUGCCUUAGUGUCUAUGACUGAUGUUCCUGGAAGUUUUAUAGCAAUGUAUGUGCUGAUGAAGUAUAAAAGGAAGAUACCGUUGAUUGUUAGCUUCUUGUUGGCUGGUGUGUUUUGUGUUGUACAACCGUUCUUGCCUACAAAUUAUGAAUGGCUGUCAAUAACAACGUUCUUGGUCAGUAAGUUGAUGGUGACUCUGUACUUCGGCAUCACUUACAUGUAUACGUCGGAAUUAUUCCCUACAUAUACGCGGAACUCCAUGCAUGCGUUAUGCUCAUCUUUGGGUAGAGUGGGUUCUAUAGUCGCGCCGCAGACACCGCUUUUGGUAAGUAGUUUGUUUAAAUACUAA